AUGGCGGGGCGGCGGGCCGGGGCCGGGGCGCUGCUGGCGCUGCGGGCGCUGCUGGCUCUCCGGGCGCUCCCGGCCGCCGCGCACCCGCAGUGCCUGGACUUCAGGCCGCCCUUCCGGCCGCCGCAGCCGCUGCGCUUCUGCGCGCAGUACUCGGCCUUCGGCUGCUGCGCGCCCGAGCACGACGCGGCCCUGGCCCGGCGCUUCGGGGCCCUGGCGGCGCGCGUGGACGCCGCCCUGUGGGCCGCGUGCGCCGGCUACGCGCUCGACCUGCUGUGCCAGGAAUGCUCGCCCUACGCGGCUCACCUGUACGACGCCGAGGACCCGUCCACGCCGCUGCGGACGCUGCCGGGGCUCUGCCAGGACUACUGCCUGGACAUGUGGCACACCUGCCGGGGCCUCUUCCGCCACCUGUCGCCUGACCGCGAGCUCUGGGCGCUGGAGGGCAACCAGGCCAAGUUCUGCCGCUACCUGUCCCUGGACGACGUGGACUACUGCUUCCCGCGCCUGCUGGUCAACCAGAACCUCAACUCCAACCUGGGCCGCGUGGUGGCCGACGCCCGGGGCUGCCUGCAGCUCUGCCUGGAGGAGGUGGCCAACGGGCUGCGCAACCCCGUGGCCAUGGUGCACGCAGGGGACGGCAGCCACCGCUUCUUCGUGGCCGAGCAGGUGGGGCUGGUGUGGGCCUACCUGCCGGACGGCACGCGCCUCGAGAAGCCCUUUCUAAACGUCAGCCGGGCGGUGCUCACCUCGCCCUGGGAGGGGGACGAGCGGGGCUUCCUGGGCCUCGCCUUCCAUCCCCGCUUCCGGCUCACGGGCAAGCUCUAUGUCUACUACUCGGUGGGCGUGGACUUCCACGAAUGGAUCCGAAUCAGCGAGUUCCGGAUCUCCGAGGACGAUGAGAACGCCGUGGACCACAGCUCCGAGAGGAUAAUCCUGGAGAUUGAGGAACCAGCCUCGAACCACAACGGAGGUCAGCUGCUCUUCGGGGACGAUGGGUACCUCUACAUCUUCACCGGAGAUGGCGGGAUGGCCGGCGACCCCUUUGGAAAGUUCGGAAAUGCCCAAAACAAGUCGGCGCUGCUGGGCAAGGUGCUGCGCAUCGACGUGGACCGCAACGAGCGCGGCCCGCUCUACCGCAUCCCGCCUGACAACCCGUUCGUGGGCGACCCCGCCGCGCGGCCCGAGGUCUACGCCCUGGGCGUGCGCAACAUGUGGCGCUGCUCCUUCGACCGCGGCGACCCGGCGUCGGGCGCGGGCCGCGGGCGCCUCUUCUGCGGCGACGUGGGCCAGAACAAGUUCGAGGAGGUGGACCUGGUGGAGCGCGGCCGCAACUACGGCUGGCGCGCGCGCGAGGGCUUCGAGUGCUACGACCGCAAGCUGUGCGCCAACGCCUCGCUCGACGACGUGUUGCCCAUCUUCGCCUACCCGCACAAGCUGGGCAAGUCCGUCACGGGGGGCUACGUGUACCGCGGCUGCGAGUACCCCAACCUGAACGGCCUCUACAUUUUUGGUGAUUUCAUGAGCGGACGUCUGAUGUCCCUGCGAGAGAAUGAGGGGACAGGCCAGUGGCAGUACAGUGAGAUCUGCAUGGGUCGUGGCCAGACCUGCGCCUUCCCCGGCCUCAUCAACAACUACUACCCACACAUCAUCUCCUUCGCCGAGGACGAGGCCGGGGAGUUGUACUUCAUGUCGACCGGCGUGCCCAGUGCCACAGCCGCCCGGGGGGUCAUCUACAAAGUCAUCGACCCCUCCAGGCGGGCGCCACCUGGCAAGUGCCAGAUCCAACCUGCCCAGGUGAAAGUGAGGAGCCGCCUCAUCCCCUUUGUGCCCAAGGAGAAGUUCAUCUGGACCACGGAGAGCACCCCGCGCCCCACGUUGCGCCCCACGGCACACACGUCCACCAAGGCGCCGCGCCGCAGCCGCCCUACGGCUGCCCCGCCCGCGCCCACCCGGCGGCCUGCCAGGCCCACUCGGCGUCCAGGGGGCCGGAGGGGCGGUGGGCGGCGGCGGGGGCGGCCGAGCACGGCGGUCCCGGAGCCCUCGAACGGCGCGGUGCGCCUAGUGCGGCCUGCAGGCCUUGCCCCUGGGCGCGGGCGCGUGGAGGUGUUCGUGGGCGGCCGCUGGGGGACGGUGUGCGACGACGCAUGGGACGCCAAGGCGGCCGCCGUGGUGUGUCGCCAGCUGGGCUUUGCGCACGCCGUGCGCGCCGCCAAGCGUGCAGAGUUCGGCGAGGGCCGCGCCCUGCCCAUCUUGCUGGAUGACGUGCGCUGCACGGGCAGUGAGCGCAACCUGCUGGAGUGCGCGCACGCCAGCGUGGGCACGCACAACUGCGGUCACGAGGAGGACGCGGGCGUCGAGUGCAGCCGCCAGGACCCCGACCUGUAA